GCCCCAGAUUCACUGGCCUGUGGCCUGUCGUCGCAUUUUCCUCUGACACAAUGGCCACAUCAGUUUCUGAAGGUCGUGGUGUUCAUGAGACCCAGGAGGGAAGUGACGGAGGAGGUGCAGAGGAAGAUGAGGGAUCCAUCACUGGUUCCGAAGUGAGCAGCGUUGUAAACAACGGUUCUGUCAUAUCAACUGUCCCAGACCGGCAUGGCUUUCUUGGCGGGGCACAGUAUUGCCCAGAAGAGAAGCAGCUGGUGUCCCCGGUGGUCGUCCUGCGGCGCGAGCGGAAGUGGUUGGCCAUGAUUGGCAGCUGGGAGAAGUACAUGGACAAGAACUACAAAAAGGUCCGCGAGCGGUGCCGCAAGGGCAUCCCGGCGUCCGUGCGCCCCCGCGCCUGGCUGUACCUGUGCAGCGGCCACCACCUCAUGAAGCAGCACCGAGGCCUGUACGCGCAGCUCGCGCGCCAGGAGGGCGACCCGCGGUGGGUCGACGACAUCAGGAAGGACCUCCACCGCCAGUUCCCCUACCACGAGAUGUUCGCCCAGCAGGAGGGCCACGGGCAGCAGGAUCUUCUGGAAGUGCUGAAGUCGUUCUCGAUUCUGAACCCUGAAGUGGGCUACUGCCAAGCGCAAGCUCCCAUCGCCGCCUUCCUCCUGAUGCACAUGCCCGCCGAAGAGGCUUUCUGGUGUCUAGUCUCGAUCUGCGACAAGUACCUGUCUGGCUACUACAGCCAAGGAAUGGAAGCGUUACAAAUAGAUGGAGAUGUGCUUUUCGGCCUCCUUAAGAAGGUUUCUCCUGCAGUGUACAAACAUUUGAAAAAGCAAAAGAUUGAACCUAUUUUGUACAUGACAGAAUGGUUCCUCUGUGUUUUCACAAGAACUCUCCCCUGGCCUACAUUGCUUCGGAUCUGGGACAUGUUCUUAUGUGAAGGAAUCAAAGUCAUCUUUAAGGUAGCUUUAAUUGUUCUUAAGUACAGUCUUGGUCAAUCAGGAGUGCUGAAAAAGUGCCCCACAAUGUACGAAACCUUAGAAGUACUUCGUAGCCCACCAGAGCGCUACAUGGAAGAACUUUUCGUAGUCACUCAGAUUCAAAGAUUGAGUCUGACGGAAGAGGACUUCGAGUAUGAGCAUGAACGCCAAGUAGUGAAGAGGUCCAAGGAGAAAGACAAGGCACGGCGGAAGGACCGAUAGUACUUUAAUUACCAAGCCCUUACUUUUAAUGUGAUGAGCUUAAUUAAUUUGCUUUCAUUUUUCUCAUCCGUUGAGAACAAAUAGUUGUAAUAGUUGUUAGCCUGUUAACAACUAUCUUUGCGGUCAAAGCAACAACAUUUUUAUGUUUCUCUCUUUGAAGUCUAGAUGAUACUAGCUACAUUCAAAGUUUCUCACAAGAUUCAUUGCCAGAUUUUUUUAAAUCAUUUCAUUUCAUUUUUAAAUGAGCUGUAAACAAUAACAACAUGUGACCUUGUCACAUUGGUCCUUAUAAGUCUGUUCAACAUUUUGUCAACUCUUUUUUUCCGUCACAUGAGGAUGCGAACUUGAGUGCAUCUGUGUAUUUGUGGUGUGUGCCUUGUAAUGGUUUGAAAACCUGAUAGAUUUUAUCAUACUUGUGCAGCAAAUUUCUUUUCAUAUUAGACUUACAACUAUUUUUUAAAAUUUAAUGUGAUUAGUAGAGCAAGUAUUUUUGGAACGUUUUGUAAGUGGAUCAACCCUUGUUGUUGGAUAUUGAAUGUCUAUGUGGAAAACUUAACAUAGCCCUCUUUUCUUGUGCUCUGCUUUCCUUUCACUUUUAAGUUCAAUUAUUGAAAUUGUUGUACAAGUUGUUUUGUUUUCUUUCUCUCUUUUGUUUGUUGUUACUA